AUGUCGCAACACUAUCCGACACACCGCUCACGCACUUGUGAGCCGUAUCAGACCUCGGAAUAUGAUCGUGCCAUCCAACAGGCUGCCGAAAGAGAACGUAUUGCCAACGGACAGUCAUGUCGUGCAAGUGAGUCUCGAGCUCACGACGUAUCAAAUCAACCACCACGCCUCCCGGGCUUCAACGACCUCUUCGCAUCCAAGCUUCUCAUCAAUCCCGACCUGGGGGACAAGCAGGCUUUCGUGGACGAUCGACGCGAUUCCGUCGUCAGUCAAUUCGAUCGCAAGAACAGCAGACUCUCUCCAAUCCCCAACCACCGCUCUCAGCAGACCGCACGAGGCAAACCAGGCUCCAUUUCGAUACAGAGCUUGUGCUCACCGCAAGACGACUCGUUGCCCAGCCCAACAUCAUCCCUGAGCACAAGUCCCACGGUAUCGCAAGCUUCCUCUUCAUCUCUCAUGCAGCCAGCUCAUCGCUCUCAACCCACAUCACCAUACGAGCUGCCACCAGGCUUCUUCGGCACAUCAGAGCUGGCUCCAGCAACAUAUGUGUACCAAGCCGCCUCAUCAUAUGAGGGUAUUGCGUACAUUCCAGGCCGAGGUUCCUGCCACAUGUACAAGGGCGGCUACUCAAUUCCCACGCACAUCUUCCAAGACCCACUCAACCUCACCCAGAGCAAAAUCCUUCGCAAGAGGCUGUCCGUUGCGUGCGUGACCUGCAGAAAGAAGAAAAUCAAGUGUGAACCUGGCCCAGAUGGUUGUCUGCAGUGUAAGAAAGGCCAGCGGCAGUGCAAGAUUGAGCCAGCGAAGCGUCGAGCUAAGGCUGCCGCCGCUGGAUGUUCAGGCUGA